AAUCGAAAUGAUUUUAUUGCGGCCAUACGAAAUAGUGCUGUAGAUAUUUGCUGUUAUUGUGAUUUGGAUAGCGCAUUUAGCCGCUAUACCGUAUCAGAUAUAAUAUAAUUAAUGUGUAUAGGAAUUAACUAAAGUCAGAAUGUUAAUUAAAGUCAAGACACUCACUGGAAAGGAAAUUGAGAUUGACAUAGAGCCCACAGACAAGGUGGAGAGAAUCAAAGAGCGGGUGGAGGAGAAGGAAGGCAUUCCUCCCCAGCAGCAGAGGUUGAUCUACAGCGGGAAACAGAUGAACGAUGAGAAGACGGCGGCGGACUACAAGAUCCAGGGCGGCUCAGUGCUACAUCUGGUCCUUGCACUAAGGGGAGGGGCGGCCCUCCACUGUCCCACCCACCCCCUAUUUGCCUGAUAACCAACACGCCCCCCUUUGCCCUGGGUAGAUGUUGCACUUAGACACAGGUCUUUAAUCGGCUGAAACCUCCUCACAUCCAAACUCGAACCGUUGUUGGUAACAUAUGCAAAGCUGAAUUAGGCCUUUUAAAAAUAUUCUUCUUAACUCUGUUCCCUUUGUUUUCAUGAUGCGGUCUGAGUCCUAUUUAAAUUCACAUAUUUUUCAACAUUCUCCGAUUUCACUCCUGAUAAGUCCACAUGACAAGUCGCGCAAUCAGAACCUGUCACCGGACAAUCAAGAAUGGCAUUAUUAGAAAUUGGACACUAAUGGUUGGCCUUUUGGAAAGUUUAAUUAUGGGACAUUAAUUAUAAUAAAAAAUAUGUGACUGGCUAAAUAACUGCAUAUGAAAUAAUAGAGUUGUACUCCCAACCUGAAGUGUUUUUGUUCCUGUUACUGAAGUGAGGGGCUAAGGCAGGUAAAAACAUGUUUUUGAGUAUACUAGUGAUUUGUUUUGGCUUAGCAAGCAAACCUGCUAUGUUUUCACGCUGCACCUAACACAGACCACUUCUCCAGAUGGUCUCCGUUUGUUUCAGUUUAGGACUGUUAUGUGGGGGCCUGACUUCCUGUGAAGCUUUCACACUGCUCACAAAAUGUCAGGGAAAUCCUCAGUCAUUUCCUGAAUGGAACCACAAAACCUCUCUGGCUGCCUUCAGCUCAUUCCCGUUCUGGUUAACUGUCAGAGCAGGUAAAGACAAAUAACGCCUGUUACAACCACUUGUGUGUCAUUAAUUUCUACAUAGGAGGGCCUGCGUCUUGCUAAAACAAACUACGCAGAGAAGGUUUUAUCCUUAAGUGUUGGGAGUAUCGCCAUGUCAUGCGGUCUCCCUCCCCGUCUUUUAAAUGCGUCAAAAUGAUGCCGAUGUUACGUUUACAGUGUGUGGAAGGGAGAGUUUCUUCUUUGAAGAUGAGUUCAUGUAAUAAGGUAGUUUGUCAAUAAAACAUUAUCAGUAAUCAGGAA